AGGAGGUACGUACUGGGGAUGGAAUAUUCCAACUUGGGGGAAGCUGCCGCAAAGACCUGGAACUGGAAAGGAAACUAUUUUAUUUUAUUUCAUUUUUGAGUAGAACUGUAGCGUUUGAUAUCAUCCACAAUCCUUCCCUCUUUAUUUGGGUCUUUUCCAUCCCUAACUAAGAGGGUACCUUCCCCUCUCUAUUUUCCCCAGUUCUAUGGAAUCUCAAUCUCAAUAGAAUCAUUCUUUAGCAUCUUUCUCUUUCUCCCUAAAUUUUUCUUUUAGCUUUGUACAGAUUUUAGGUUUAGAUUUAGAUUAGCAGAGACGACGACAACAACAACAACAACAACAACAACAACAACAAACCCUUUUGAUUUUUAUUGUUAACUGCUAUAUUACCAUGACUUCGCUCAUCAACGUUGAAGCUCACCAAUUAACCAAUACUCUUGCCCAUUUCUCCAUUCAAGAUCAGGUGGAAGCGCAGUCUAAGGUGGAGGCUAAUAAUGAAAAGUCUUGUGGAAAUCAUGGUGGAGUUUGCGCCAUAUGCUUGGAUAAGAUAGUGCUUCAGGAGACUGCUCUUGUGAGAGGUUGCGAACAUGCUUACUGUGUGACAUGUAUCCUUCGAUGGGCCACAUACAGUCAGAAACCAACCUGCCCUCAGUGCAAACAUCCAUUUGAAUUUCUUAAUGUUCAUCGUUCACUUGAUGGCAGCAUCCAGGAUUACAUGUUUGAGGAAAGUGUGUGCCUUCUUCUUAGAGCUCCAUGGUUUAAACCUUUGAUUGUAGAGGAGCAUCACAAUGUCUAUGAUGAUUUAGAGUAUUAUUAUUAUCCAUAUGAGUAUGAGGAUGAGGAUGAGGAUGAUCUGGAUGAAGUUUACUUAAGCCGCUCCUCAAACCUUCGGAUUGGUAAUCGACGGUGGGGAGACAAUGGGUACGUUAGGGCGGGGCGUCAAGAAGCAAGGCCGGUUCAUCGACCAAAUCCCCAGGACUCGGGUGCUGGUCCAUCACGUGAACCUAAGCAGAAAGAGGCUGCGAAAGAUCGGACAGGUCGGCGUGCAAAGCGAACACUCAAGCGUGAAGCCGCAGACAAGGCCGCUGCAGCAAAACAUCAACAGCAUUUGUUGAGGUUGGGCCGGAAGUGAUUCUUGUGACUUUUCGGGCUGAUGUAUGUACUAAUACAUAAUCCAGAAACAAAUAAAUCUGGUCUUUGUACAGUAUCUCCAUUUCUCUAACUUUGUGAAAUAAUGACAUGGCAGUUGUGUUUAGGCUGGACUGAGCAUGGUAAGGUGAAGGUGGUGGAACUAUAGUUUUACUAUACCAUUCAAAAUUUCAUUUUCAGCUGUUCAACUUCAGAUUAAGAUCUGACAUCUGUUAUUGAAGCCUUUGAUUACACUGUACAUUAUUGAAUAUUUGUUUUCAGAUACCAUUCUCAUGCAAUGGUUUGUACAUAAAUAAAUUCAUGUGUUAGGACUUAGGAA